AUGGUGAAGCAUGCCUUUGAGCCUGGCAACCACUGGGCCCAGGUGCGCACCAUCUCCCUGCGGACCGCGCCUCAGGGUCGCCGUGAGCUAGGUUCCUCUGUACAGCAGGGUCCUCCGGGGCACCCCGCGAGGCUGCAGCCUACAGGAGCCCGUGCUUCAGGGGCCAUCAGUAAGGAGGGCGGGCGGAGGCCACCCAGCCUCCUGGUGGGAGCGCGCAUCGCCGCCUGGGAGGCCGUCUCCCCAAGGUCCUGCUCCUGCUUUUCAGACUGGGCUGCUGCCAUCCGGGUUGCUGCCCUGGACUGUGCAGAGGAGGAGAACCACGAGGUGUGCCGGGCCUACGACAUCCACUUCUACCCCACCUUCCGGUAUUUCAAGGCAUUCACAAAGGACUUUACAACUGGAGAAAAUUUUAAAGGGCCCGACCGAGAGCUGCAGACGGUGAGGCGGACAAUGAUCGACUUCCUGCAGAACCACACGGACGGCCUGCGGCCUCCGGCCUGCCCGCCUCUGGAGCCUGUCCGGCCCAGUGACGUCCUCUCUCUCCUGGACCGCCGGGACGGCCGCUACGUGGCCAUCCUGUUCGAGAACAACAGCUCCUACGUGGGACGGGAGGUGAUCCUAGACCUGCUUCCGUACGAGAACGUCGUGGUGAAGAGAGUGCUGGACGCAGAUAAAGGCUUCCUGGAGAGACUCGGGGUUUCCUCCCUUCCCUCCUGCUACUUGGUUUACCCCAACGGGUCACAUGGAUUCAUUCACGUCGGGAAGCCUCUCCGCUCCUUCUUUUCCUCUUACUUGAAGUCGUUGCCAGAUGUGAGGAAGAAACUGCUUUCGUUGCCUGAAAAACCCAACAAAGCAGAGAAUCCGGAGAUCGUGGUUUGGAAGGAAUUUGACAGGUCGAGGCUGUACACGGCAGACCUGGAGUCGGGGCUGCACUACCUCCUGAGGGUCGAGCUGGCGGCGCACAAGUCUCUGGCGGGGGCUGAGCUACGCACACUCAAGGACUUCGUUACUGUCCUCGCCAAGCUGUUCCCUGGCCGGGCGCCAGUCAGGAAGCUCCUGGAGACGCUGCAAGAGUGGCUGGCCAGCCUCCCCCUGGACAGGGUCCCCUACGAUGCUGUCCUUGACCUGGCCAACAACAGGAUGCGGAUUUCUGGAAUAUUCCUCAUUAAUCACGUGAAGUGGGUUGGAUGUCAGGGGAGCCAUCCAGAGCUCAGGGGCUACUCGUGUGCGCUCUGGGAACUGUUCCACAUGCUGACCGUCCAAGCCGGGACCCGCCCGGGAGCGCUGGACGGCACAGGCUUUGAGGGGGACCCGCAGGCGGUGCUGCAGGCCAUCAGAAGGUACGUCCGCACCUUCUUCGGCUGUAAGGAGUGCGCCAGACACUUCGAGGAGAUGGCGGAGGAGUCCCUGGGCUCCGUCACGACCGCGGACCAAGCGAUUCUCUGGCUCUGGAAGAAACAUAACCUGGUGAACGACCGCCUCGCAGGCCAUCCAAGCGAGGACCCCAAGUUUCCAAAGGUUCCGUGGCCCACCCCGGACCUGUGCCCGGCCUGCCACGAGGAGGUGCAGGGCCUGCACCGCUGGAACGAGGGCCAGGUGCUCCUGUUCCUGAAGCAGCACUACAGCCCCGACAACCUCGUGGACAUGUUCGCCGAGGACCAGGGGGACGCCGGGGACGGGGGCGGGGAGCAGGGGAGAGGCCGCGCCGCCCCGGACCAGCCUCGGCGAGACCAGCGCGCCGAGAGCGCCCGUCCACCCAGCGCGCUGCCUCCCAGACCCCGCCUGUCCUCGGGGUCGCCGCUUGGCCCCGACGGGAGGCUCCAGAGCUCGGGCGGGGCCGCGGGCCGCGGGGAGGUGGAGGCGGCCGUGCCCUUCCUGGGGACGGGCUUCUCCAGCCUGGACAUGAGCCUCUGCGUCAUGCUGUACGUGGCCUCGUCCCUGUUUCUGAUGGUGAUGUGCUUCUUCUUCCGGGUGCGCUCCAGGCGGUGGAAGGUCCGACACCCCCGCCCGGCAGUGUAGAGCUGGGCGGGGCCAUGGAGGCACCUUCGGAAACAGCCCACCGCACCCCCGCCGCUGCGAUGAUUAAAUCAGGGAUUUUAUAAACACUUCAGACCUGGUUCCGCGUCAGAUGGCGUCUUGGCCCAAGUCCUUGUUUAACCGAUGGUUUUCCUGCCGAGGACGAGCUGCCGUUGGAGGGGCGGCCUGCUGUCCAGGGUCCUCCCUGGACACUCCUGCAGUCGGACCGCAAAAAGACGUCUCUGGUUUUACUCUUCUAGAUCUGAAAACAUGAGUGGCGUCCAGGCCAAAGGAACAGACUUCUCCCCGCCUGCCUGGGAGGCUCCUGCCCCCCCAGCCCCUAGCCGCCUCUCCACGCCACAGGGUCCUCCAGAAAGUCGCUUGUGUCUGCACUUUUCAGCUGCAUGGUUGCUCCCGCUGAAGCAAGAGGGCGUCUGCGUGCUUCCGAAGACACCUGACCGCAGGGACGGCCUCGCGGUCACCUCUGUGCUCUGCAGGUGCCUUCUGCUGCAGGGGCAGAGUCUGGAGACGGAGGGAAGGGAAGAGGAGAGGCUGUGGCAUUGCCACAUUGCAAGAAACACCCCUGCAGGCCGUGCCUUUGUUAAUCCCGUGGCAGGAGGACCCUGUGGCACUGAGGUCGGAGCCCCGCCUGCAAGGGGGUGUGGGGCAGCCCGCUCCUCUGGGAGGGGAGUCCCCAGGGGAGCUCCUGAGGAACCCUUCAUCCUCUAUGUCACGUCACGUGGUGCUGGACCUGCCGCCCAACCAAGAGGUCAGGACGCGGGGGCCACCUGUGCUGUCCCCAGCACCUUUGAGACUAAAUUUCAUUUCCCUGAAGCUGUUUUAUGAAGGUCCUGGCCCAGGCCUCGUCCCCUGGGUUCUGGCGAUUGACUUUUUUUUUUUUUUUUUUUUUACCAUUUAAGGAUUUUAACAUUAUUUGUAAAGAACCUAAGUGAUUUAGAGGUAAGUUUGCCUCUGAAGAUGUUGGCAGAUAAAACAGACUGUGCCAUGUUCGUUGAGAUCCUCUGUGACCGCCGCUCCGCCUCACACGCUCAGAUGUGACUGUCUCGCGUGUCCGUGAGGCUAUAAAAAGUCUCCCUCUUUGCCCCGCGUGUGCGGUGUGCAUCGCUGCGGCCGGCCACG